AUGGCUCCCAUCAUUGUUCAACAGCAUAAUGACAUCAAGGGUGGGGUGGAAAAUCCAUCGAGAUCUGCAAACCCCAAGCUCGAAGCUGCACUCGGCGAUGAGGACGCGCCAGAUGAUCAAGAUAAUUGGAAAUGGGAUGCCGAUCCAAACAAUCCCUACAACUGGCCGAAGAAGUGGAAGGUUCAACAGGUGCUGAUGAUUGCCUCAGCGGCGUUUACAACCUCACUCGGCGUGUCAAUUUUGUCGCCGGCUCAUUCGCAGUUCAUGAACGAGUUUGGGGUCAGCAGUACAGUCGCAAUCCUUCCUAUGUCGCUUUACGUGUUCGCCCUAGCGCUGGGUCCAGUAGUGGGAGGACCGCUGUCUGAGACAAUUGGAAGAUAUCCCGUUUACAUCGGCUCUGUGUUACUUGGGAGUAUAUUUACACUGGGCGUUGGACUCAGUCACACAUUUACAGCGGUCUGUGUCUUGCGGUUUCUCGCUGGCCUUUGUUUCGCACCUCCGUUGGCCAUAGCGGCAGGAACCAUCAAUGAAACGUUCGAGCCCGCCUCUCGGGCUAUCCCAUCCACUAUAUUCAUCCUGACACCUUUCCUUGGCCCUGGGCUUGGGCCUGUCAUUGGUAGCUUUUUGGUCAAUCGCAAGGGCUGGCGCUGGACUCAGUGGACUACGCUGCUUUUUGCCAUGUGUACCAUUAUCACUACGUUCAUCGCUCGAGAGACCUUCCAUCCAGUGAUCAAGUGCCGGCACUCCAAGAACCUUGGCUUGCCCUCGCCCUCACUACCACUUUCUUCCAAGCAACGAGAUUUCGCAACUGUCGCUCUUCUCCGUCCAGCUCAGAUGAUUCUUACUGAGCCCAUAGUAGCUUUAACCUGCUUGUAUGUUGCUUGUGAAUUUGCAACACUUUUCUCGUUCUUUGCUGCUUUCCCACUUGUCUUCCAAGGCAUUUACGGGUUUGGAAUAGAGGCAUCUGGUCUUGUGUUUCUUUCCAUAGUCGCCGGAUGCUUGCUUGGUGCCAUCACUGUGCUGCUAUGUGAUAUAUUGUUUUAUCGCCGAAAGGCAGCAAGCUAUCGAGGGCGCCAGGUACCACCUGAGUUUCGCCUCUACCCGUCAUUAAUUGGCAGUAUUGGGCUACCCAUUAGCCUCUUCUGGUUUGGCUGGACAUCCAGAGCUGACAUUUCAUGGGCUAGUCCGGUGACUGCCAUUACGCUAUUUGCUUGGGGAAAUAUCUGCGUCUUCGUCAGUACAGCCCAGUAUAUUGUCGACACAUAUCAUGGCUCGACGGUGGCAAGCGCGAUGAGUGCAAAUAGCCUGGCUCGGUAUGGGCUUGCAGCUGCUUUCCCUCUUUUCACAGUUCAGAAGUAG